AUGGACCAGCCAACACCCCCAAAAUCCAAUGCAGACAAUGGUAAAACUGCACAGCAGCAUCAAGAGCCUAGACUCGUAGCUGAGCCUUGUCUCAAACCCGGAGAUAAGGCCGAAAAUACACUAACGGUCAAUUGCGGGGCAAUUCGCGUGCCCUCCCCAGAUCCCUCCCUGGUUUCGAUAGACGAUUUUCACAAUGUACGGAUUGGCCGAACCCCAGAUUGUAGUCCUUUUUAUCAUGGGAGACGCUCUUCUCGGUCGCCUAGCCCCCCACGGACUUUCAAGGGCAAGAUACAAGCUUCGUGGACAGUCAACAAAGGUUUGGCUCUCGUUUUGAUUUCGCAGCUGUUUGGCACACUGAUGAAUGUCACAACCCGCAUGCUGGAAAUGGAAGGCAACAACGGCAAUGGCUAUCAUCCGUUCCAAAUACUCUUUGCUAGGAUGAGCAUUACAGUACUAUGCUCUUCUCUGUACAUGUGGUACAAGAAGACGGAGCACUUUCCGUUCGGUAUGAAGGAAGUACGCCCGCUACUGAUAGCCCGAGGUCUGACUGGCUUCUUUGGAGUCUUCGGCAUGUAUUAUUCUUUAAUGUAUCUUCCCCUUGCUGAUGCAACAGUCAUCACUUUUCUUGCGCCUAGUCUUGCAUGCUGGGCAUGCUCCUACCUUAUUGACGAACCGUUCACCCGGAUGGAACAGAUCGCAGCCUAUGUCUCGCUCUUCGGCGUUGUUCUGAUUGCACGGCCCGUUUCCCUUUUUGCCGCUCUUUCCCAUUCUCCAGAUGUGGUAUCGCCUGUCAGCGCCAACCCAGACUCGCUUCUUGCGAACACAACGACUGAAUUGCCGGACCGCCUGGGCGCAGAUUAUGAUUCUGUAACUCCUAAGCAAAGAGCAAUUGCAGUAGGGGUAGCCAUGCUCGGUGUUUUUGGAGCCGCUGGCGCCUAUACGACUAUUCGCUGGAUUGGCAAACGUGCCCAUCCCCUUCUCACUGUCAAUUACUUUGGGGCCUGGUGCACGAUUGUCAGUAUUGUAGCCAUGCUUACCAUACCAGGGGUCGGCUUUUUACUUCCAAGCAACCUCGCAGACUGGUGUUACCUGAUAUUCCUUGGUAUAUGCGGCUUCAUCAUGCAAUUUCUCUUAGCAGCCGGCCUGCAAUAUGAAAAGUCAUCUCGUGCUACCAAUAUGGUGUACAUGCAAAUGUUGUUCGCUCUCACAUUUGACAAGCUCAUCUGGGGCAUAACGCCAGGCGCUGUUUCCAUCAUUGGCUCUUCACUCAUCUUAGGCUCCGCGAUUUAUGUUGCUAUGAAUAAGGAGCAUUCGAACAAGGUUGCGCCAAGGGAGAGGGGAACUGGAGAGGAAGAGAUGGGGCUUAUAGCUCCGGGUUAUGGUAAUGAGUAACGAGACCAUGACGAUACGGAUUUACAUAUCAGGUCCUUGAGAUGAUUUUUUUUUCUGAUGACAGUACCUGGCAUUUACAUAGGGGAAAGAUUGGAUGGAUUUUUUUUUAAAUUACAUGUCUAUGAUAUAUAAAGAGCAAAUGCAUAAUGAUAGACGUAUGACUAGUAAAUCCUACAAUCAAACCUUU